CGUGUGCGCAUGCGUGUUCAGCGCGCUUCCUGAAUCAACAGCCUGCCAAAUCGGAGAGAAAUCCCGAAUAAAUGUAGCUUGAAAGUAUUACAUUGCAUUGUUUUCCUCGCUCCUCGCAGCUUCAUGCUCACUUACCUGUUUAGCACCAUUUUUUGUGCAGCGUACCUGUCCCCGAUCAUCAGCCAUGUCAAAGGAAAAGAGUUCACAGAGCAGGAGAUGGCUAAUUACAGAGACAGAAUAAAGUCCAUGUUCUACCAUGCCUACAACAGUUAUUUGGAGAAUGCAUAUCCGUAUGACGAGCUCCGACCUCUGACAUGCGAUGGACAGGAUACAUGGGGCAGUUUCUCACUCACUCUCAUUGAUGCCUUGGAUACCUUGCUGAUACUGGGGAACCACACAGAGUUUCAGCGAGUGGCCACCCUCCUUCAGGACACUGUGGAUUUUGACAUCGAUGUAAAUGCGUCAGUGUUUGAGACAAAUAUACGAGUGGUUGGUGGGCUUCUCUCAGCCCACCUUCUGUCCAAGCAGGCCGGGAUGGAGGUGGAGGAGGGCUGGCCGUGCUCAGGGCCGCUACUCCGCAUGGCUGAAGAUGCAGCACGCAAACUCCUCCCAGGGCUCAUGGUGAAUCUGUCCUGUCCAGCAUUCCACACUCCCACAGGUAUGCCCUAUGGCACAGUGAACCUCCUGAGGGGGGUUAAUCCCACUGAGACCCCUGUUACCUGCACCGCUGGAGUGGGCACCUUCAUCCUGGAGUUCUCCACCCUCAGCCGCUUGACUGGAGACCCUGUGUUUGAGGAUGUGGCCCGCAAGGCCCUCAGCUCCCUGUGGAAGACCCGCUCUGAUAUCGGCCUGGUUGGAAACCAUAUUGAUGUUAUCACUUCGAAAUGGGUUGCGCAGGAUGCAGGUAUUGGAGCAGGGGUUGACUCGUACUUUGAGUACCUGGUGAAGGGUGCCAUCAUGCUGCAAGACGAGGAAUUUCUGACUAUGUUUCAUGAGUUUGAUAAAUCCAUAAAGAACUACACAAAGUUUGACGACUGGUACCUGUGGGUGCAGAUGCAUAAGGGGACUGUUUCCAUGCCUGUCUUUCAAUCUCUGGAAGCAUUCUGGCCAGGGCUGCAGAGCCUAAUAGGGGAUAUUGAUAGUGCCACAAGGACGUUCCAUAACUAUUACACAGUGUGGCGUCAGUUUGGUGGGCUUCCAGAGUUCUACAGUAUUCCUCAGGGCUACACAGUGGACAAGCGAGAGGGAUACCCUUUACGUCCAGAGCUGAUCGAGAGUGCCAUGUACCUGUAUAAGGCAACAGGUGACACGACAUUUCUUCAGAUGGGCCGGGAUGCAGUGGAGUCCAUAGAGAAAAUCAGCCGUGUUAAAUGUGGUUUUGCCAGCGUAAAGGAUGUGAGAGAUCACAAGCUGGAUAACCGCAUGGAGUCCUUCUUCUUGGCUGAAACAAUCAAGUAUCUCUACUUGCUCUUUGACCCUGACAAUUUUCUUCACAACAGUGGCACACAGUUUGAGCUGGGGGGUCCACGUGGAGACUGCAUUCUUGGGGCUGGGGGCUAUAUCUUUAAUACAGAGGCACAUCCACUUGACCCAGCUGCCCUUCACUGCUGCAGCAAGAACCAAGAUGAACGCAAGGAGCUACAGGACAUCCUUCUCAGUCUAUCAGAGCCUCUUAAAUCUCCCGUUGAUCAAUCAGACGAGGCAUCAGGGGAGAAGGAUCCCUCCAGUGUUGUUUCCUCAGAAAGCAUAGCAUUACAGCCUGGAGAAAGAAGGAAAGCGCCAGUGCUCUCCUGCCCCACACAACCGUUCAGUGCCAGAUUAGCAGUCAUGGGCCAAGUCUUCACUGACAGCACAUGAGCAGUCAUUGUUCCUACUGUUUUAUUUGUGUGAGCAACAUUCUGGUUGUAGAAUGAAGAUGUAACAUAAUUGAUAUUAAGUAUUUUUAUAUUUAUUGA